UGUGUGUGUGUGUGUGUGUGUGUGUGUGUGUUGUGUCCAGAUGUCGCACUAAUGGCAAAGAGGAGUUUGAUCGUUACCCAAGCAACCUAUAAAUCAAUGCCCAGCAUCUCUGGCCGUCUGACCAAUGAGAGCGGGAUCAUUAUGGGGAGAUGUUUACCAACCGAGUUAGUGCUGUCACCCCAAAGAUACAGCUUCACCAAACAUCCACCUUCCUCCACGCGGCUGUGAUUUGAAGCAGGUUUCACAGAAACUGCCUGUAGCUUACUUUAAAAACACCACACGUCUGUAUCUUUGUGGCGACUUCCUGUUCCUUUUCGUGGAAGAGAUUGUGCAGUGAUGGAUGUGGUCUGUGCGGAGCGACACGUGAUUAGACCUGAUCCUCUGUGAGCGCCAGCGCGUGUGUGUGUCGUCCUCUCUGGUGUUUGAUGGCGAGCUUCCAGUUGGCCCGUGUCAAGUUGAACUGGACCACACUGUUGUCUGUGGCUUACUUCGCGUACUUGCUGGUCGGGGCCGUCGUCUUCCAGAUCCUGGAGCGAGAGGCUGAGAUCAACAACCGCGACCACUUCCAGCUGGAGAAGCUGCAUUUCUUGACCAACUACACCUGCCUGGACGGAGCGGCCCUGGAGAAAUUUGUUCAGGUUAUUCUGGACGCCUGGGAAAAUGGAGUCAAUCCCUCGGGAAACUCUACAAACCCCAGUAACUGGGAUUUCAGCAGCUCCUUCUUUUUUGCAGGCACAGUGGUCACAACUAUAGGUUACGGUAACCUCUCCCCCAGCACCGUGGCUGGUCAGGUGUUCUGCGUGUUCUAUGCCCUCUUUGGCAUCCCGCUCAAUCUGGCUUUCCUCAAACAGCUGGGGAAGUUUGUCACCGUCCACCUGGGUCGACUCAAGAGAGGGAUGGUCUCAGUCGGUCCUCACAAGCAAACCGUGGAGGCUCUGGCCAUGAGCUUUUACUUGGUCAGUGGCAGCCUGCUGUUCCUGGUCAUCCCCCCUCUGCUGUUCAGUUACGUGGAAGGCUGGUCGUUUGGUGAGGGCUUCUAUUUCGCCUUCAUUACACUCAGCACUAUUGGUUUUGGAGAUUACGUGGUGGGGACCGACCCGGGUAAAGAGUACAUCUCAGUGUACCGCAGCCUCGCGGGCUUAUGGAUCAUCUUUGCCCUGGCGUGGCUCGCGCUCAUCCUCAACAUGGGAGCCAGGAUGAUGGAGCAUGUAGUCGUCCUGACUCACCCGGGCUUUAAGAAACAAGAGGAGGAAGAGGACACGUCCUCCUGUAAACUAGAGGACACGUCCUCCUGUAAACUAGAGGACACGUCAAAGAUCUGACAGUGGACGUUAGGUUCACGUAGUAUUCAUUAGAUAGAAGCCAUGUUGUGUGAUUGUUUACUGUAGAACACGGAGGAAAGUGGUAUAUAUUCAGUCCGUAUAUAUUUAUUCUUUCUUUAUUUGGUUUAAUAUACGAUAAAGGACACAUGACAGGUUUCUACCUCAAAUUAGAUUUGUGCAUCAGGGCGACUUGAGGACAUUUCAGUGCAGUGAGCGGACAUUUAACCUCGUGGAUCAGAUGUAAAGUCGCGACAACAUGAGCUGAUUGUUUUUCACCAGUAAUUCACAUGUGAAAUUGUAGAAUGUAAAUAAAGGGAUCGUGGAAAAGAAAGCAGAUGUGGAAUGAAACGCUGCAGCUGCUGGGACUAGACAACUUUCUUCUUUAUCCUUUCUGUGUCACCGAUGACGCUGAGUCACAGCGACAGUAUUGACUGCAUUCGUCCUCUGGAAAUGCUUUUUCUAGUGUUUCCAGUUUUUGUCGACAUCUUUGUUUUAUGUAUAAGUGCAAAGAUUAAUGGAAAGGUCUUUGA